AGAAGGAUGUGUGUGUACAUGUCUGCAGCGGAGAGCACUCCGGCGAGGAGAAGCCUGCCUGCCUGCCGGUGAGCCGCUCGGUUGGCUGGCCCCUUGUGCUCAUAUCAAACGAGCCAAGGAUGUGUUUAAACGAGACGCCCGGUUGCCGGGGCAGUCUUGUAUCGCCAGGCCUUGAAGAAUGGGGAACAUGUUGGCGAAUGGGCAACGUGCCGAGGCACCGUUUCAACCGCCGGCCUCGAGUUUUUUUGUUCGGCACUUUCAUCCUAUCAGGCCGCUGUCUGAGCGGCGGCAUGCUCUUGCAAUUUGGCACAAGCGCGACGGUCGGCGAGCAUGGCGAAGAGGGGUGGGUGGUGAGGCAGCCGGUUCAACUGUACGUUGGCACGACGAGUGCGUCCGUCCGUGAGUUGGGCGGCCUGGUGGGACAAAACGGUCGGAGAAUAUACGAUACUUGCAAACUUUGCAGACUCUCUCGUUGUAUAUGCGUACCUUGUCCUCCCGUCUGCGGUUCCGAUUGCUAUGCUGUAACAGGUGGGAGACACGUAUCUCGUAGAGAGGUGCCGAGACUGACACGAAGAUCCCUGUGUGCAGUACAGGCAUGGAAACCCAACAGGCUCCGCCGACCCCUGCCACCCUUGAGCGGAUCAGUGGAUACUGCGUCCACACACGGGCGUUAGGAUGGAUGGGGUGGAUGAUAGAUAGUAGUGGUUGUGAUGGCGACCUCGAGUUGAUGCCGUACCUAGUAGGGGGCCCCAACUUUGGAAGAUUGAUUAAGUCGAGCUCGCCAAUCUCUCGACCAGGAAAAAGUAAAUAAGAUUUGUCUAUCUUUGGCUCAACCUAGGUAGUUGCAGCCCAAGACCAGCCGGUUCGUUUACCCACCGCAAGAAUCCUGCUCGAUAUGGCGCGCGGUUGGUAUGCAUGCACGCACGCCAUGUACGUCUUAGCCGCAUGGCAGUCGGGAGCGAGA